CCAACCAAAACUUGGUUUUUAGUAGUAGCAAGAAGAAGUAAUUAUGACGGCUCCCAAUAUGGAGACGAUCACGGCCUCGUUGGAGCGCUGUUCAUUAAACAACCACCACACCAGUCCAGGUUCCGUCUCCGACGCCGUCGGGACAGACACUUCAUCCACCUCUAACGCUGCCGCCGCCGCCGCCGCCCCCACCUUAGACCUCAACUCCAGCAUCUCCCUCCCUUACCACUGGGAACAAUGCCUCGAUUUGAAGACGGGAGAGAUAUAUUAUAUAAACUGGAGCAACGGCAUGAAGGCGAGAGAAGACCCUAGAAGGAUAGGGGAAGAAGACGGUGGCGGUGGGGAGUACUACUACUCCGAAGAUGAAAGCUGGCACGACAGUGAAGAGUCGUCUUCGGAGUCGUGUCCGUCGUCGUCAAGAGAGCAUGCCAGUCCGGCGGUGGAGAAGCAGAAUAACGUCCUGGUGGUCGCCGGGUGCAAGAGCUGUCUCAUGUAUUUCAUGGUUCCCAAACAGGUCGAACACUGCCCCAGAUGUAGCGGUCAACUUCUUCACUUCGAUCGAUCCGAUAAUGCCUCUCCUUCUCCAUGAUUAAACCAAAGAAUUACCUUAUUGUCUAAUCUCAUUUUUCCUUUGAUUCUAUCUGUACCACUCCUUUCUUUCUCUAUUUCCUUUUUCUCUUGUUUGCUGUGCAAACUAAAUUUUCUCCUUUGAAAUUUUUCUUAGCAACCCAGAUCGCUCUAUCCUCUUUAUGUUUGAGAUUUGCAAAGUUGGCCGUGCGGAUUAAGUAGUAGGAAGAACGAAAUGAGGGUUUUUCGUUUUCUUACCUUUUUUCUUUUUUAGUUUAUCAAUGGAUUAAUGCAAUGUUAUGGACUCGUUAAUUCGGAUAUUAUUCUUUGGUAUUCGCGAUUAAUGAAUAAGCCAGCAUAUAUUCGGUCAA